AUGUUAGAUUAGCGUCAAACAUUAAGUGAUAUUAAAAAACUUAGAAAUACUCCUUAUGUCUAUUAUAAACAAUACUAAUCUACAGAUAAUAAUUAAUAAUAAGAUUCUAAAUAACCUAAAAUGAUAGCUAGACCAAAUGUUAGGUAUUUGAUGAUUUAAUUUCUGAAUGUAGAUCCUAUCAUUUAUCAAUCGACAUGAAAACCUGUCCAAAUAAUAAUAAUAAUAAAACAAUCUUAGACAAUCAAGUCAAUAACGUGAAAGAACUAAAACUUAGUCUAAUUACAGAGCCUUCAGUAUAAAUUAAAAGGCUGCUGCAAAUUCUAAAAGUUAACCUGAUUUAACUGAUGAUAAUGACACCAUUUUUGUUCCAUAUAGAUAAAGAAACAUUUCUUAAAAUAGUAUCUCAAUUUCAUAUGAAAAUUCUCAAAAAAAAUAGAGUUUUUUACCAAUUAUGAAUAAUUAGGACCCUAUGUUACAAACUUUUGGAAAAUAGGUUAUGAUACUUAAACCAAAGAGAUUCCCUACUGAGAUAUUCUAAGGAAAUGUGAGCAAAAUGAAGAAGCAAUUUCAAUAAAAUUAUUGA